AUGCCUCACAAACCGCCAACCCAGGAGGAGCUCGAGAAGCGCAAGAUCGUCGGCGUCAACCUCGAGACCGUAACCGAUGUCUCUUCGACCGAUUUCCCCGGCCACUACCCCGGCGAAGACCACGCCUGGGAUAUUGAGCGCUUCAAGCGCGGCUUCUCGGUCGAAUUCCACCAAAACGACCCCCACGAAGCCUCCUUCUCCCUCAUCGGCAUCGACGCCUCCAUCGCCAACGCCUUCCGCCGCAUCAUGAUCGCCGACGUGCCCACCCUCGCCAUCGAAAACGUCUUCGUCUGGAACAACACCUCGGUCAUUCAAGAUGAGGUUCUCGCCCACCGCCUGGGCCUCAUCCCCUUCACCGGCGGCCGCGAAGGGCUCACCGACUUCCUUAAGUGGUAUCGGAAGCCCGCCAACGGCGACCCGGCUGAAUGCAAGGACUUCAACACCGUCGCGCUCGAGCUGAACGUCAAGUGCGAGCACAACGAGAACGCUGACCCGAACGAGACGGACCCCACCAAGCUGUAUCAUCAUGCGCAUGUGUAUGCAAAGGAUAUUGUGUUCAAGCCUAUUGGUCGCCAGGUGGAUUAUUUCUCGGGCGAGGACAUCAUUCGGCCGGUGAACCCAGAUAUACUAAUUGCCAAGCUUCGUCCUGGGCAGGAGAUCAAUGUUCAGAUGCACAUGCACAAGGGUGUGGGAUCGGAUCAUGCCAAGUUCUCACCUGUUGCUACCGCUUCGUACCGUAUCAUGCCUACCAUCACCAUCACUCAACCUAUCCUCGGCCGGGAUGCCGAAAAGUUUCAGAGAUGCUUCCCCAAGGGCGUCAUCGGGCUUGAGAAGGUGACCGCAGAGGAGGCUGCCCAGAAGGGAUCAGGGUAUGAGGGCCACGAGGGAGAGCUGAAGGCUGUUGUGGUCGACCCAAAGAGCGACACCGUCAGUAGAGAGGCGCUUCGCCACGAGGAGUUCAAGGACAAGGUUAAGCUUGGCAGGAGACGGGAUCAUUUCAUCUAUCUCGUGGAAAGCACCGGGCAGUGGAAGAGCGAUGCGAUUUUCCUGGAGUCGGUGUCGCAUUUGAAGGCCAAGGCGAAGGCGCUGGAGAAGCAGCUUGUCAACAUGGUCAGGUAG